CUGCACUGCAGGAAGUGCUUCCUGCUUUCUGCUUCCUGCAGUGCACUCAAGGUCCGAACCUAUCGUCCUCGUGAAUUCGCGUAGUCAGUUACUGGAGUUGACGAACAACAGCAGCAGCAGCAGCAGCAGCAGCAGCGGUGGCACCUGACGACGGAACGAGAUUUCCCUGUGGACGCAAGAUAGUCUCGCGAAGCAUGAUCAUUCGCGGUACAACGAAUCUGAAACGGUGACAGCUGUGCCGUGGCAAACGAGUUUGUAGUUUGCAGUCCGUACGUUGCUCAAACGCGCGAUUGGUCAGCUUCAUCGGGCUUCGUGACAAAAAAAAAAAAACGAAAAUUCGCAUUCGUUAUGAUCCCUUCGCGAAGCCGGCGACUUCGCGCUCGACCAGUUACCAGCUCUUGUCGCCCGUCGCUUCCGCUCCUCCUCCUCCUGCUCAUCGCUUCCUCAUCCGCGUCCCAUCCGCCUAUCCCCAUCAGUGAACAGUUACCACCUGCCCCAGUCCCGCCCGCCGGGCACCCGCCCGUGAUUCUCCCCGUCGUUGACGAACCCCGGUCGCCGCGUCAGCCCCACGUGUUCGGGCGGCAAUCGACGCAGUCCGUACGAGGGAAGGCGGGUUUUGCGCAGUCCGCGGAUGCGGGUGAGGAGACUGCCGCGCCGGGGCGCGCUGGGCGCGCUCUGGCGGCUUCCGCCACUGCCGGCGCCAAUGCGGGCGCGUGUGACGCGGAGUGGAUGCUGCUGUGGCCGGCGCAAGGCUGCUGGCGGCCGCCGCGCAUUGCGGGGCAAGGCGGAUCAUCCACGCGUGUGGCUCCCGCUUCGUCAUCCGCGCGCGACACGUCCGCCUUCCGAUCCGCGUCCGCGAAAAGCGCAGCGUCCGCGGGCUUAGUAAAAGCGCAAAGCGCAGCGCCCUCGGGCAUAGUAACCGCGCAAAGCGCGACACCUCCCCCUCCCCCUCCCGCGGACGAGGGGACGCCUCCCCCUCCUCCUCCAACGCGCCCAGAUGAGGGUGACCCAGGCGACGGGGGGAGCGUCCCCCCUGGGGGGAACGAGGCGCGGCUGGAACCCGCGAAUGAGAUCAUCAGCGUGUGCAGAUCGGGAGCCCCCUCCACAAUCACCAUCGCCCCGGAUUGGAACGGGCAGACGUGGCGGGGAUGGGGCACCUCGCUUGCUUGGUUUGCCAACUACGUGGGUAAAUUACCCGAGGAGCAGUUCUCGCUGGUAAUGGACCUGCUGUUCGACAAGGCCAAGGGCAUCGGGCUCAACCUGGCGCGCUACCACAUAGGCGGCACCUUCAACGCCUCCAACAGCCCGCAGUUCCUCACCGCCGCCUGGGAAACCCGCGCCCUCCCGGGCUUCCGCCCCCAGCCCAACGGCCCCUACGACUGGAUGGCGGACGGGCGGCAGAGACGGACAAUGCUCGCCGCCCUGGCCCGGAACGUGGAUGAGGUGGAAGCGGUGUCUUACUCGCCGCCCUGGUGGAUGACUGUCAGCGGGGACACCGCAGGGGCGGCUGAGAUGAAUCAGUGCAACUUAAAGCCCGAGUUCUUUCGAGCUUAUACUGAGUAUCAGGCGGCGGUGAUCGAGCAUUACCGCACGCAUUGGAACGUAACGUUCUCGACAAUGAACCCGGCGAAUGAGGCGCUCGAAGGGUGGUGGCUGCAGGGGCAUCGGCAGGAGGGCUGCAGUUUCAACCCGCAGGAGCUGACCACCCUGAUCAACCACCUCUCCGCUACCCUCAAGAAACGGAAACUCCUGACAAAAGUCGCGGGCUUUGAUAGUUUUGUGGGCGCGACUCUCCGGUUCACGUACAAGUUCCCAGCUGCAUUGAAAGCGGGGCUGUUGAGGUUGAAUGUGCACGGGUACGUGCCGCCUCCCAGCAACACCACGGACACCCGGCGGUACAUGGAAGGGGUGUUUGUGGGCAUGCACCGCAUGGCGACUGGACUGGGGAAGGAGGUGUGGGUGUCGGAGAUAGGACCCAUGUGGGUGAACGGUAACGACAUCGGGGUUACGCUGUUCAUGGCGCGGUGUAUAGUCCAAGCAGUGAACAUCAUGGGAGCUUCGGCUUGGAUUUUCUGGCAGUCUGUUAAUGGGGUUGGGACCAACCCAGACCUGUUUCUCAAGUGGGGGCUGAUGGCAGUCAGGAUGUACCGGCUGAGCGACACGGAAUCUCGGCCGUUGGAUCUGGUGAUCUCAAAGAAGCUGUACAUGCUGCAGCAGUUUGUGCGGGGGGCGCCGAGGGGCAGCCUGCCCCUGCGGAUCGACGCGGCAGACGGGUGCCAGCACUGCAUCACCACCUUCUUCAACCCGGACCAGCACUUCGUGUCCGUCUUUAUCGUCAACCAGCAUAACGUAACGCACUCUGCGACGUUUCAGUUUGAGGAUUUUGUGCGGGCUGAUGGGAGUAAGGCGUGUGCGUUUGAGGUGUUUCGCACGUCGGCCACUGAGAACAACACAAUGGUAUCGUCUCAGGAGUAUCCGGAUGUGCCGGCUUUUAUACAGGUGGAUGCGCUAGGCAGCAGUGUGACAUCUGUUGUGUUGCAUAAUGUGGAUCCCACUUAGUGCUGCUAGUAAGCACUUGUUCUUCAGAGCGGCAUGGCAUGUGUACAGGACGCUGUGGUAUUUCGUUACUCUGUGUCUGUGUGUGGGACGGGUUGUGGAAGCAUGCAUGGGCGUUUGUAUGUGUGCAUGUCUGUGUGUGCAUGGGAGUUUGUAUGUGUGAAUGUCUGUGUGUGCAUGGGUGUUUGUAUGUGUGAAUGUCUGUGUGUGCAUGGGUGUUUGUAUGUGCCUGUGAGUGUUUGUGCGUGUGCAGAGGUGCGUGUGCAUGUGGGUGUGCAUGUGGGUGUGCACGUGGCUGUGCUUGGUUGUGAGCAUGCAUGGGUGCGUGUGCAUGUGUCUGCAUGCAUGGUUGUUUGUAUUUAUGCAUUCGUGUGCACAUGGGUGUGCGCGUGGGUGUGUGCAUGGGUGUGUGCAUGGGCGUGUGCAGGUUUGGAUGUAUGCAUGUUUGUACAUGCAUGCAUAUGUGUGAAUGCAUGGACAAAUCUCUGCACAGUUGUGAGCAUGCGUAAAUGGAUGGCUGUGAGGAUGUGUAUAUUGAUGGCUGUGUGUUUGUGGGCAUGGGUUGCACAUAUCUUGGGCAGGCAUCUGUGUGUGAACAUCAGAGAGCGUUUCUGAACAUGUGUGCUAUGUGUGAGGGCAAAUUCC